AUGGCCCGGCGACAGCACCUCACGCUUUCCCUUCUUCUGAUCGUCUUCUUGUUCCUCAGCGUGUCCUACUUUUUUACCUCGGCGCCGGCCGCAGCGCGAGACCGCGCCGCCCAGUUCGUUGGCGGCGCCGUCACCCCGAAGCAGCAGCAGCAGCAGCAGCAGCAGCCGAAAGAGAAACCGCUGAAAGAGAAACCGACGCAGGCGUCGAAAACGACCGACAGCGACGAUGCCCAAAUAGUCAAGGACACCGCCUCACCCUCGGCCACCACGCCGUCCCCCAGCGGCGGCUUCAGCAUCGACGUCGACUCGCUACCGUCCCUCGACGGCGACUCAAUAGCGCCAACGUUGGAGAACGCAACGCUCAAGGCCGAACUCGGACAAGCGACCUGGCGGUUCCUGCACACCAUGGCCGCCCGCUUCCCCGACAAGCCGACCAAGGACGAGCGCACCACGUUCGAGCAGUUCAUGCACCUCUUCGGUCGCCUCUACCCGUGCGGCGACUGCGCCCGCCACUUUCGCAGCAUCCUCGCCGAGUACCCGCCGCAGUCCGGCUCGCGCAGCGCCGCCGCCGGCUGGCUCUGCUUCGCCCACAACCUCGUCAACAAGCGCCUCGAGAAGCCCGAGUUUGACUGCACCAAGAUUGGCGACUUUUACGACUGCGGCUGCGCCGACGACGACAAGAAGAAGAAGAAGGGCGAGGACGACGCAGCGGCGGGCGACGAAGCAAAGAAGACGAGUAAGAAGGAGAAGGACAAGGCGGACGGCGACAAGAAAGAGUAG